UGCAAAGGAAAUAGCCCUGGACAAGGAAUCAGGAGAUACUGAAUUACCAUGAGACCUUGGAUAAGUCUCCUCCUAUUUGGGGAUUUUAAUUAACUGUCUAUAAGAUGAAGGCGUUAGACUUCUCAAGACCUCUUGAAGUUAUAACAUUAUCCAUUUCUAAAAUUGAUGAUCUGGGAUGUACUGACUCAGUUAACCAGAGAUUUUGGAUAAUCAACACAUGCUUUCUCCUACCAAGCCCUCUUGAGAUGUUUGAUUGUCUUACCCUCAGGAUGCUGGUCACUCUGUCUGAAUCCUUUUGGAAGGCUGAGUACUGGCUCCCCCCUGGCUACACAUGGGCUGACUUGGAAGAUGCAGAUGGCAUCAUAUAUCCGCAUCCCAAGGACCUGCUGGCAACCAUUCCCCUGACAUUUGUCUUAACAAUCAUAAGAUAUGUCUUUGAGAGGACCAUUGCCCUGCCCUUGGGUAGAGCCAUGGGUGUCCGUGACCCCAUCAGGAUCAAGGCUACUCCCAACCCCAUCUUGGAGUCAUUUUUCUGGAACAAGAAUAGGAAUCCCAAAGAGGAUGAGUUGAAUCACUUGGCCAGCCAAUGUGGCCUCACUGUGAGGCAAACCCAGUGCUGGUUUCGAUAUCGGAGGAACCAGGAACGGCCAUUAGUAAGCAAGAAAUUCUCUGAAGCCUGUUGGAGGUUAUCAUUUUACUCCUCAACUUUCUUUGGCGGCUUCUUCAUCUUCUACAAUAAAACUUGGUUUUCAGAGCCAGAGACAAUAUGGAAUGGAUAUCCUAAGCAGCCUCUACAGCUUACCAUAUACUGGUGGUACCUCAUGGAGCUCAGCUUCUACUGCUCCUUGCUACUCACUCUGAUUUUUGAUGUGAAGAGGUCGGACUUCCGGGAGCAUGUUAUCCACCAUUUUCUUUCUAUCACUUUGCUCUCAUUCUCCUAUUGUUCCAACUUCGUGCGUAUUGGUGCCAUGGUACUGCUGCUACAUGAUGCAUCAGAUAUCUUCUUGGAGAGCUGUAAGAUGUUCGUUUAUGCACAAUGGAAACAAAUUCAGUACAUAGCAUUCGCCCUCUUUGCCCUGGUGUUCUUUGUCAACAGACUCAUUCUCUUCCCAGUCAAAACCAUCUACACCUCCUUCCUAGUUUUCCAGACCAAAAACCAGUUCUUCUUCGGAUACUAUUUCUCCAUUGCCCUUUUGAUUCUUGUACAGUGUCUUAAUAUCUACUGGUCUUCACUCAUCGCCAAAGCAUUCUGCAAGAUUUUAGCAGAUGGCCAGUUGAAGAAUGAUCUGAGGAGUGAUGUAGAGGAGGAGUACAUGAGUGAUGAGAAGUCUGCAGUGAAACAGCAGAACAAGGAAAGACUCAAAUCCAAUGAUAUCACAGGCACUCGAGCCCGGAAACCAACUUACCACUGA